CCACCCUUGCUGGAUCGUAUAAACGAGAGACGAAUGUGUGAAGUCACGCUUAAUAAUAUUAUAUUUAUAUUGCGGUUUUUUUGGACUAUUCUGCUGACAAAAAAUCGGAUAUACAUUUGAGAUGUAUUGAGGGACACUCCUUUCAUAAUUCUGAACACAUUUGACGGGGGAUUACUGCAUUCGUCGCUGGUUUACGAAGCACAUUUUUGCUUGGAGUUCAGGAUCUUUUGAACACACAUAGUGGGGCACUUGUGUGCGAACAUUUGACGUUUCAAAGCGUAUUCCAAGAUGUCUCGCCAACAAAAAUGGCUGCUUACCAUCUACGUGUCUGAUUUAAACGUGGAGAAGACUUUGGAAGUUACUGGACAAACAUUUGUUGGCAAUUUAAUGGUCGAACUCGUAAACAGACUUGGUGUUGCAAGAGAUUGGUCUGAUCAUGCUCUUUGGUGGCCACAACGCAAAACAUGGUUGCUUAGAUCACGAGUAACCCUAGACGUUUGCGGCGUUCAAGCCGAUUCAAAGCUCCAGUUCACGCCAAAACACAAGAAUGUACAUCUUCAAAUGCCAGAUUUGCAGUUCGUCGACACGACAGUAGAUUUUUCAAAGAAAGUCUUCCACGCAGUCACCGAAGUUUGCUCGCAUUUCGGCAUUCGUCACCCAGAAGAGCUUUCGUUGCUGAGGCCUCCUGCUCGGGAGAAGAAAGAGAAACGAACGCCUCGCAAGUCUUCAAGCAAACGGCGAGGAUCUCAAGGCUCGGAGCAUAGUAAUAAUUCCGACGAGAUACAAACGGCUGUCAGCGCAGACGGGCGACUCGCAGUUCCUGGCAAAGCGGGAAGUAUCGAUGGAGGGUCUCAGCAUAGCGCGUCGACACCUGGGUCUCCAAAAAGCCAUGGCUCUUUCGACAGUUACGAUUCUGAAAAUCAUAUUUUGGCCUCGAGUCCCUCCGUCCAUUCUCAAGAGGUUUUGGAGACCAUCUACAGAGCGAAAUCGUUGGCUGAAAAGAUUCUUUUCCAUGCUGGUUGGCUUGAUUCCUCAAGGUCACUUAUGGAACAGGAUGUUGAAGAAGAUGAGCACUUGAUGCUGAGAUUUAAAUAUUAUUCAUUCUUUGAUCUCAAACCAGCAGUUGAUGAAGUGAGAAUCAAUCAGAUCUAUGAGCAAGCCAAAUGGUCAGUCCAGGCUGAGGAAGUUGAUUGCACUGAGGAAGAGGUCAUGACAUUUGCUGCUCUGCAGUUUCAAGUAAAGAUUGCAGCAUCAUCUCCCCCUAUGGAAGAGAAAAGCAAACCUGCCCAGGAUGAUGAUAUUGCCAGUGCUUUGAAUGAUUUACAAUUAACAUUAGAAGGAACAAGUACUCCAGCUUCUCAAAAGACAUUGACUCAAAUGCCAGAGUUAAGUGACUGGUUGACUCUUAUAAAGCACAAAAUGUUGGGCAUGAAAGAAAAGAAGAAAUUUUGGUGUGUAUUUCGAGACACAUAUUUCUCUUAUUACAAGUCGAAUGAGGCAGCAACUGGUGCUCCUAUUCAGAGAAUUGACUUGCGAGGCAGUGAAGUUUACCCUGAAGUCAAUGUUCAAAAAGAAAAGUUUGUCAUCAAACUGAAGUUUCCAGACAAUGACGAGAUCAGUGAUCUUGAACUCGGCUUGUCCAGUGAGAGCCAGUACUCCAAGUGGAUGGGAGCUUUCCGUUUAGCAUCGAAAGGGAAAACUAUGGCGGACAGUUCGUACGAAUCUGAGGUGCAUGGCAUUGAGGCAUUCCUGGCAAUGCAAAGAAAUAAGGAUAAUUUCAAGAAUACGACAGCACCGGGGGGUGUUCAAAUUCAACCCGAAGAUUUUGUCCCAGGUCGAGUUUUGAAGAAGUACAAGGCGAAACAGGUCGCUGCGAGGAUUUUAGAAGCUCAUUCUUCUCUGAAUCUGAUGACAGUGAUGGAGGCGAAGAUGAACUAUAUCCGAAAAUGGCAGGAGCUGCCUGACUUUGGAAUUACAAAUUAUGGCGUGCGCUUUAGAGCAGAUAAAGUCUCAAAGAAGGACGAGAUCCUGGGUAUAGCAGACAACAAGAUAACGAAGAUCGACGCGACAAGCGGGAAGAUCUUGAACAGCUGGCGCUACAGCGUUAUGAGAUCCUGGAAUGUCAACUGGGAGACGAAGGAAAUGGUCAUCGAUUGCGAAGGCGAGAGAAUUCGCUUCAUAUGCACCAGUUCGGACAUCAAAAGCAUCCACGAAUUCAUUGGCGGUUAUAUAUUCCUCUCAAUGCGUAAAGAUGUCAAUCAACCUGUCGACCACGAGCUGUUCUUCAAACUGACGGGCGGUUCCGUGCAGUAACAUGAACGGGCAGACAUAGCGAACUCUCUACCAGGAUUGAAAGACUGGUUAGUGUAAGAUCAUAGUGCGUGCUUUCUCAUGAAUGGUGUUCGUUAAAAUCAUUGACAAAGGCUCGCUAUAUGAACCAAAUCUUUUAGUUUAUUUAUUACGUAUUUAACUGUACCACACACCCUCAUGAAAACAAGCCAAUUUAUAUUUUUUCAUAUUUGGAGAUCAUCAGUCGUGCAGCGUAAAUAUGUUUAUCAAUAAAUGUUAAACGGGGCACUGGGGAAGAUUGGAGGGUGUGAGGUUGCCUUCUAAUGGUAACCCGAGGUACAUAAAAACACGCCAUUUGUGGGGAAGUGCGCUAUAGGGAAAGUAUGAAAUUAGCAAAUUAGUUUAUUUUUAAUUAGGUUCGACUGUAUUUGUGUUUGUGUUGUGUGUAUAUACUAUAUAAAUUGCGACGUUGAGGAGGGCCCUGCUCAUCAUUCGACAAAGUUUCGUUAGAGUAACCUUGAAGCUUUUUACAAGUGUUAUGUAUACGUUAUGUUACCAAAUUAUCCAAAGUUUCAAACCGCAAGGAGGGGUCUAGAGCUAGUUUUAAAUGGGAACUGCAAAACUACCGUAUAAUAUCUCGUGAUGCACGUUUUAUUUCUCUCUUAAACAUUUACUUUCUAGUUUUUUAAAUGAUAAUGAAUGGACACAAUUGGCGAGAUAGCAAAUAGAUUUUUUAUUCUCAUGCUUGCCCCAGGCCUUUCACUUGCGGUCAGAACGGCUAAAUUCGUAUUUAACAAAUACUUGUAAACUGUUCAUAUUAAAGUUAGUAUAUUCUGGUUAAGCGAAAUUAAAAUUAAAGAAAC